AUGCCGGAAGUCCAACCUGGUGGCCUUUGGGAUUGGUCCCGACCGAUUGAUUAUGAAUGGGCUUCUUUCACUGCUGGGGUGGAAGAACAACUCUUCUCUGUGCAGGCAGGUAGAGGGUGGAAGCUGGAGGUCUCUUUCUCGCCACUCGUGCAGACCACCAGCCCGGAAAAACUCUGGAAAGGGUCGAGCCCGGCUUUUUGGCAAUCCUUCCUCACCUGGACCUCUAAAGCCAUGGGCACUAAUCCUGACCCUAGAAUUACCCCCCUCUUCGUGGAGGCGAAGAAUCGCAUACCUGAAUUCUGGUCUGAAAUGGCCUCUUGUACUGCUCAGGCCUUGCAGGACCUCCUAGGUGCUCCUGACAUGCAAAGCCAUCACCUUGCACUUGAGAUUAUCGCACACCAGGGGCGAUCAGCCUUGAAAGAGGCGGUGCGCAAGAGUGAUGAAGCUUACUCGCAAUGGUUGCAAGAAGCUUGCAAAGGGGGUAUGCGAGGCCUGUACAAGGCUUUGAAGUCUGAAGAUUCCAUCCCGGACAGGCCAUACAGAAACAUACCACUCGAAAUUCGCCCGCACAUCAGGCGGGCUCACUGGGCUGACGUGUGGCAGCCCAUGCCUGGCAAUGAGGUCAAUCCCAAUGUUGAUUUUGAUAGCCUCAGGGAUGCUUCUGUAAGCCAAGCCAAAACCCUUCCUCCCAUAACAGGUCCAAUGGUGGCGAAGGUGAUCAAACGAAUGCCGACUAAAGCUAUUGGUGCAGAUGGGUGGAGUGUCCAGAUGCUUAAAUGUCUUGCCCCCUUGCAGCUUGAAAGAUUGGCCCAAUUCUUUAAUACCUGGGAGGGUCAGGGUGCCUUCCCGACCCAGCUCUCGGUUGUUCUGGUUGCACUCAUUAACAAGUCUGAGGAUGAGGAGCGCCCAAUUGGACUGACGCCAGUCCCAUACCGAUUGUGGGCAAAGAUACGUUGGCCUGUCUUUGAGAAAUGGCUCCGGGAAUAUGCUGCCACCCAGGAUUGGGACAGGGCAAAGAAGGGCCUUUCAAGUCUUGAUGUUGCGUUGCGCCGUAAGCUGUCGCAUGAAAUUCUCCAUCGGAAAAAGCGACAUUCAGUGACAGUGCUUUUGGAUUUAAAGGCCUUUUAUGAAAAUGUCCGACAUGAUAAUUUCGUCAAUCAGGCCAUUUCCCUCAAAGUUCCGCCGUUGAUCCUGAAUGCAGCAAUGUCGCUAUACUCUGCUCAGCGCUUGAUCAGUGCUGAACACUGUGUCUCUGGUCCGAUCAAGCCCACCAAGGGCUUAGUUGCGGGCUGCCCAUUUGCGCCAGGCCUCAGCAAGAUCCCUUUUGACGAGAUCCUGCGCCCGGCAUGGGUUUCUGGCCUUGCCAAAACCAUUGAUCUCUACAUUGACGACACUAGCUUUGACACUGAGGCUGGUAACCCCCACACAGCAGCGCGCCGGGCGGUGCAAUUGUAUAAGGCUGUGGUAGGAGGUUUGACAGCUGCUGGCCUCCCAGUCAGCCUGGGCAAGACAGCUUUUGUAUGCUCCUCUCCAAAAGUUGAAGCUGCCCUUAAAGAGUAUCUUCCUGACUCUGAUCAAAUCAAGAAUGCCGCGAAGGACCUGGGGAUUGAUUGUACGGCUGGGCGUGGAAGGCGCAUUCCGUUCCACCGUAAAAGGUUUGGGAAGGGCGUUAAGCGCAAGGCUAGGCUCUCGACCCUGCGUGUGAAAUCGAUGCCAGCUAGGGUCAGAGCCCUGAGGGCGGGGGUCCAAACUGUGGGCCUCUAUGGCCAUGAGGCAGUUGGGCUUGCGCCAAAGCGUAUGCAUUGGUUGCGUGCUUCCUUCGCACAUGAAUUGGGGCGAAUGUCUUUGGGCUCGGUUUACCUCACCAUUGACCAUGCGUGCCCUAAGCGGCCGGACCCGGCCUUUAUUAUCAUUUCCCAGCAUUUCAAGGCCAUUCACAGGCUUCUGGGCUUCAUUCCCGAUAGCCAAAGGCAGCACUUUGAUGAUGUCUUGCCGGGUAUGUGGCUUGAGUACUCACAGGUGGAGUACCCCUGGAAGCGCGCUGCAGGGCCGGUUGGGGCCCUCCUAUGUUACCUGCUUGACUUGGGUUGGACCCCGGUCAGUGCGGACACUUGGAAAUGCCCUGAACAACCGCACAGCGUCACCACCAAGGUAGGCAUGCACCACCUCCUUUGCUCCCUUUCUAAGGAAACAGAUAGGUGGAGGCUCGCACGUAUAGCCCAGCACGACAUGCUUGAACCUCUGAGUGUGGGAAUUGAUUGGGCCCCCCUCAGAAAGCUUAGGAAUAAGAUGGCAGGCCAGGAGAGGUCAGGACUCAUGGCUGUUUGGCAAGGAGCAAUUCGUGCUGAUCCUUGUGCCACUUGCCUGAGGUGCGGCUGUGCUGCUACCAUGCAACAUGUCUUAUGGGAGUGUGACUGGUGGCAAACCAACCUCCCGGAACCGGCUUCCUUUCCUAGAUUUCGGCAAGAGUGGCCCAUUUCGUCACUGUGGGCCAGGGGCCUUCUGCCGAUUUCGCCUUACCCUGAUGAUGGGGAAUGGGUACGAACUACUGGUGCCUGGUGUGAUGGCCAGAUCAUUUGUGGCGAGGCGAUAUACUUUGCUACUGAUGGCUCCCCGGGGAAAUCCAAGGACCCCAGGUUCCAUCGGUAUACCUGGGCUGCGAUUGCCUUUAAGCUUGAAGGGGAUGAGCCCGUCACGAUCGCGACAGCUGUCGGCUCACUGCAAUCUCCGCUAUCGGUGUUCCGGGCGGAGGCAGCGGCUGUCAAGUUUGUAGCUGAGCAUAGUGAAGGGAACGCAGACCUCACCUUGGAUUGCAAGGGCAUCCUGCCCAGAGUGAAUGGUACACCUUCCAUCCAGUCUGCAGACCUCUUCGACCCCAUUCGACUGCAUGCACAGAGACUCAACCUUAACUGGGUAUCCUCGCAUUUAACGGAAGAACAAUUCCGAGCAAAGUUUGGUGCUAACCAACUUUGGAGGCGACGUGCUAACGAAAUUGUGGACCAGCUUGUUGGCACGGCUGCCGAAGUUAACACCUUACUGGCCAGGAGAGCUGCAGCUCUCCUUUCGUAUGACAAGGACCAAGGACCGCUGGUUCAGUGGCCUGACAAAGAGCAACGAAAGCGGAGAAGGGUGGAACCGCAGGAUGAGCAAGCCCCUGAGCCCGGGCCACAACAAGUGCAACCCCCUGAGCCCUUGGUGGAUAACCAGGCUCAGGGGAGGAGGAAUCCUGGAGUUGUGCUUCGGGAAAAUCCUCAGCUCGAGCAGCACAAUCCUGUGCACCGCCCCCCAGCCGUGGUGGCAAACCAGGCUGAGAGGGAUGAACCUCCUGGAAUUGUCCUUCGGGAGAAUCCCCAUGCACCUGGGGCUGGUCCGGUUUUGGGUGCCCCAGACCAGGACAGCUGCUCUGAAGAAAGCGAAGAGGAGCCAAUGGUGCCUGAUCCCAUUGUGCAUCCCGAGCCUCCUCCAGCACCGCCAGCUGCGCCUAUGUUGCCUGCCCCGUUGAACUUUGACGAUAUGGAUCAAGAAGCGGGCGCAGCCUUUGCUAUUGCUGAGAGGGCUCGCAAUACCAAGCCAGGACUGGUGGCUUUCAAAUCCGAUCUGGGCUAUCCUGGUGUUUUCCAGGCCCUACCCAAGGACCUGAUCCACGUGUGGUUCAACGACACGGGGGACAGCACUGCGGCGUAUAUCCACAAUGGAAGAACCAGAUUCGGAUAUGACGCUGGUGGGGGCUACGUCUUGAAGGUUGGGACGAAGCAGGCCUUUGGUGAUGAGGUGGCGAUUUCGGCCUUGCUGCCUAAGGUGGCAGCCACCAUCAUUGGGGCUGGAUCUACGACACUGCAGGUGCUGCUCUCUGGGCGACCAUGGGAGUUCAGGUCCCAUUUGGUGGCGUGGUCGAUGGUGGAAAAAAUCGAGCUCCUCACGGAUUAUGGUUCUCGGAACCAGAUCCACCCUCAGUGGUCCUUGUAUGCCUUCGCCCUCCUUUUGCAAUUGAGCCGUCAUUUUGCUCUUCGUGAUGUGUCAAAAACCAACCUGGGAAUUAAGCCAGGACUCAGUGCUGCGACGCCCAUGUUGUGUUUUUUCGACCUCGCGGAUUGGCACUUCGAAGGGCUUAAUGCUGGAAGGUGGAUUCCCAAGUAUAGCUUGCGCAGCUUCGUCGAGACCCUUCGAUGUGUCUGUGACGUUACGCCACUGGAGCCGUAUCUCCGCAGGCAGGCGGUGGUCCCUUGCCUCAACGAGAUUACUGCAGGUCUCCCCGCUGCGCUCAAGGCAAACUUGGAAAUCCAAAUGGUCCUCAUGGACGGCCGACUUUCUGAUUGGGCUCACCUUGCUGCAUUGGCUAACCAAUAA